GCCGUGGCCCAGGACGCUAUUACAACGCCUACUGCACCAUGACUGGAACUGGCUACAUUUGGAUGCAAACAAAUUAAUUUUUUGUUUUUGUCACAAAACGAAUCAAAAUUAUCGAGUUUGCGCAUUUUCGAGGUUAGGGCGCAUGCCCUGGAGCAGCCGCGGCCGUUAUUGAUUUCGGAAAAGUCUCGUUUCUGCUUUGACGUCAAAGUGUAUUCAGCACCUGCAGAAUGGCGGUGGCAGCGUUCGUGCUGGGCUCCGUGCUGGUGUCCGGGGUGCUCUCGAGGACCGUGUCAUACCCUGACCUGACGCCCCGGCUGAGCAGCGAAAUCAAGGACCUGAUCAACGAAGUCUUGGAGCACGGCCGGGGAAAGCAGACUUAUGAGAGUCAAAUCCAGGCUGUGGAAAUCGAAGGAUGGGGCCACACGCUUCCCAGGCUGGGCCAAAUCUCGGGCGUGUCCGUCGACGAACAGGGCCGACCCGUCAUUUUCCACAGAGGACCGACCAAGUGGCUCUCGCGUUCGUUCAACGAGAGCUUCAUCUUCCAAGAACAAUCGCAAGGACCCAUUCCGGUGGACACCGUUCUCACCCUCGACCCGCAGUCGGGGAUGAUCGAGAGCAGUUGGGGCCGCAACAUUUUUUACAUGCCGCACGGAAUCACCAUUUGCACGCACACUGGCGACAUUUGGCUCACCGACGUUGCACUGCAUCAAGUUUUUAAGUACGAAAGUGGGCAAGAAGAGCCGAGUUUUGUGCUGGGCGUGGCGUUCGAGCCUGGCUCGGACGACGGCCACUUGUGCCAGCCGACGUCGGUGGCCGUCGCCUCGACCGGGGACGUGUUCGUCGCCGACGGCUACUGCAACUCGAGGAUCAUGCGCUUCACCUCGGACGGCGUGUUUGUCAACGAAAUGGGCUCCGGGAUGGGCGAACUGCGCCUCACCCUGCCCCACGGCAUCACCCUGCUCGAGGAGCGCGACGCCGUCUGCGUCGCCGACAGGGAGACCAGGCGACUCGUCUGCCUCAAGGCCGGCCUCAGCCAGGACGCGCACGACCAGGGUGGCGACGUCUUGGGCGAAUUCCAAGACCCGGCCAUGGGACGCACCUUCGGAAUCGCCAGCUACGGUGGACUUUUAUUUGUUGUUGCUGGUCAGACGGACGACACGGAAAACAUGGGACUGACCAUUGACCCCGUUGCUGGAAAAAUUCUGGACGAAUGGGCCCCGAAGAGAGGCUUCAAAGCACCACACGCGGUGGCAGUUUCGCCCGACGCCGGCGAAAUCUACGUGUCCGAAAUCGGUCCCAACAGAAUACACAAAUUUGUGCUCGUAUAAAACUAAAUAAUCACGAUGCCAUCGACGAAAAUCAAUUAAUAUAAACAGACUGUCCCUUAUCAAAGUACUGUUUCCACAACCAACAUAUUCAGCCAAAUUUGCAGGGGGAAAACAUGCUUUUAUCAAAGAUUAAUCAUUGACUUUGCACAACGUCUGUCCCCUAUAGAUAUAGACAAGUUUUAAUUAAACGGGAAAUAUAUUUUAAUGAAAAAUAUAUGUUAAAUGAAUGUUCCUCUUUUUAGCAAAUGUAGAUGGAAAAAUAUCAAAUAAAUAACACAAUCAAAUCUCUUUUGUUUG